GCUUUGAGGUUGAAAUGUGAGAGAUAGAGAUGUGUGAAUGUGUUGUGCAUGGUAGUAGUAGUAGAACAAAAGAAACAAAUGCUUUUAUUGUUCUCUCAUUUCUUGACAUCUGUCCAUCUCUCAAAAAACAACCUCCUCUCCUCCCCUCCCCCCUUCUUCUCUCCUUUUCUUACUUUUCUUUCUCAAACAACAGAAGAGAUGAUGAUGUGAUGAACAAACAACACACUGUUCUUGAAUUUAUUGAUUGAUUAGAAUAAAGGAUUGGCGUGGAGGUGUAUUUGAAGAACAACUAGAAGAAAUUUCAGGAAGUGGGUUGUUGUUGUUGGACAAAAUUUUUAUUUUUCAAUCAAGAUCCAAAGUUUUCUUACCAGAUCUGACCAACCCUUUUUCUGUUGAGCUGAUAAGAUGAUGGGUUUUUGAGGGUUUGGUUAGAUAUGGAGGUAAAUCUGAUAGAACCCAGAGGUGAGAUUUUUUCAUUAAUCCAGAUGGGAGAUGAAGAAGGGAAUAAUGAAUUUGUUGAACAAUGAUAGGUAAACUAAUUGGGGAGGGUGUUGAAGGUUGUAAUUGUAACUAUUCAGAUAGGAAGGGUGGUGGUGGUGGUGGAAUUUAUGGAGGAGAUGUCUCCAGCAGCAAUUGCAGUUUCAUUUAGAUUAGGUGGUAAUUCAAUUUGUUGUGAUAAAUCUGCUAUAGCUACUCAUAUGGAAAUUACAAGACUUAAGCUCAUAACGGAAACCACUAGCUUGUUGUCCUCGUCUGCGUCUGAUACUGCAGCAAAGAAAUUGUCCUCGGAGGAGUCGUCUGUUAUGGAGGUAGAUGAAGGAAGUUGCAGUAGUUCAUUGAGUGAAGUAGAUAAUAUUGUUCCUAGUUCGGAACGACUGAUUAAAGAAGAUCAGGAAAUGGAAGAAGGAGGUGGUGGUGGUGGCGGAGGAGGAGAAUCACUGUUCAAUGUUGUAAGUGAGAGUGAUGCCAUAAUUCAAGAGAUAGAAGAAGAUGACAAGUUAGCUCUGGUGGGUGGUGAUCAAAUACUCGAAGAUUCGUGUUCGUUGUCUGUUGUUAGCACUACAGAUAGCAUCUCUGCUGAAGAUCUCUUAGCUUUGAAUACUGCUUGUGGGAUUUUAUCGCCGGGUUCAUUGGAGAGUGGAGGUGUCAAAAUUAUUGGUAAGAUUCCUGUGACUGAGGAACCAAUAGGUGAUUUACUUCCUGUAGCAUCUUCUAGCCUUGGUUUGCAGGUUGGAGGUGUGUCUGAACAGGAAACAUCGAUGCUGGUUCUUCAGGUACCUCAUGAGAAUCGAAUUCUUGGAGUGGGUAGGCGAGGGGUUUUUGAAUUGGAUUCUUUACCUCUUUGGGGGUCCAUUUCUAUUAUUGGGAGAAGACCAGAGAUGGAAGAUGCUGUUGCAAUGGUACCUCGGUAUCUUAGAAUACCUCUUCCUAUGUUAAUUGGUGAUUCAGUGGUGGAUGGUUUGAACAAGAAUUUGUCGCACUCUACUGCUCAUUUCUUUGGAGUCUAUGAUGGCCAUGGUGGUUCUCAGGUUGCAAAUUAUUGUCGUGAUCGUUUCCAUUUAGCUCUGACUGAGGAGAUAGAAACCAUGAAGGAAGGUUUGAUGAACGGAAGCUUUAAAGAUAAUUGGGAAACUCAGUGGGAAAAAGCAUUCACGAAUUGCUUCAUGAAAGUAGAUGCGGAGGUUGGAGGUAGUAUAAAUGGUAGCGGCGAACCUGUUGCUCCCGAAACUGUUGGAUCUACUGCUGUAGUUUCUGUUGUUUGUUCGUCCCACAUUAUAGUUGCAAAUUGUGGUGAUUCUAGAGCCGUUUUAUGUCGUGGAAAAUCACCUGUGCCAUUAUCCGAAGAUCAUAAACCAAAUCGAGAAGAUGAAUAUGCAAGGAUCGAAGCAGCUGGAGGCAAGGUUAUUCAGUGGAAUGGACAUCGUGUUUUUGGUGUUCUUGCAAUGUCGAGAUCCAUUGGUGAUCGGUAUUUGAAACCGUGGAUUAUUCCAGAUCCAGAAGUGAAGUUUGUUCCUAGAACUAAAGAAGACGAAUGUCUUAUUCUAGCUAGUGAUGGGUUAUGGGACGUGUUGACAAACGAAGAAGUUUGUGAUGUAGCUCGGAGGCGAAUCCUACUGUGGCACAAAAAGAACGGUGCUACGCCUCUACCAGAACGAGGCAUUGGAGUUGACCCCGCAGCUCAAGCAGUGGCAGAAUGUCUCUCGAAACUUGCUAUUCAAAAGGGAAGCAAGGACAACAUUAGCGUGGUUGUCGUGGACUUAAAAGCACAUAGGAAGUUCAAGAUCAAAACUUGAAACAGUAAGUCCACCCCCAACUUAUUGUUGAUCAAAAUCUUAUAGCUGUACGAUAUAUGAAAAUACUGCAUCUAAUCCAUUAUGGUUACCAAAAUUAAUUAUGUAGAAAGCUCAACGAACCCAUCUGUUUUUUCAUAUGGGAUGAAUGAGUGUAUGUACGAAAGAAGUUGUAUUCUUUAUGUACUAUAUAGGGUGUUCACCAUUCUGGAAUGCAUUACUGUUUUUCUUUUUUUUUCUAAGCCUUUUGUCAUACACCAAUGCCAAGUAUUAUUAUCACUGGCUAUGUAAAUUUCAGCUUGUUUUUUUAGGGGUUAGUAGGUAGGGACUGUCUACACUUUGACGCUAUGUAUUUGUUUCUGCCUCCGGGUUCAAUGCUCUGUGAGGUAUUUCACUUUAUGUUACUUAUGUUAGAUAUGAUGCCUAAACAAGAAAAGCAAAAAAACUUUAGCUUUAAA